CCCCCGGCGCUGUUAGCCCAGCUCUGCUAGUCUUGAAAGUCGGUGCGGUAUCAAGUGUUUAACAUAUGACAACUAUUUGUUGUGAGCAAUGGCCGCUAAAAGGAGACAUAUGUUGAUUUCGGUUUCCAACCAAAUAUCAUUGAACACCGAGAGAAGAUAACUUCACUAACUUUUUUCGCCUUGCUUGCUUUACAGCGCGAGGAGGCUAAAGAGGGUUAAUACAAAAGGAGGUCAGUCGAGAUGUCCGGAGAGUGCCUCCUGUCACCUCCUCCUCCUCCUCCUCUUCCUCCACCAGGUCCACCACCUCCUCCAGCCUCCUCCCCAAAGAAGAAGCUGUAUCAGACUAUAGCCAGUGGCAGAAGUCCUGUGGAGGGGAACCACACAGAGGCCCGCUUACUGCUCAGUCAGAGAGAGAGCAGUUUUAGGAAGGACCUGCAGUGGAUACUGGUGAACACAUACGUGCCCUCCCUCAUCCAAGAUGGCCCACAGUGCGGCCUGGUGGCGUUGUGGAUGUCCGCUCACCUUCGAAAGCCACAGCUGAGCAUCGACAUGGGAACUGUUGUCCAGACGGCGCUGAGCAGGGGGUACUCGGCACAGGGGGAAAUGUUUUCAGCUGACAACAUGGCCCUGCUGGCUGAGGAGGUUUGUGGCUGUGAGGCAGAGCUGCUGUCGGGGGGUUUAAGUGGUAAUAACGCGGCAGCCAUCAUCACGCACCUGUGGGGGAGACAGCCGGUUCUCAUCCCAUAUGAUGAGGACUACAACCAUGAGCCGUGCCAGCGGAGCGGCCACAGGGCGCACUGGGCAGUCGCUUCAGGUGUGCUCCUCGCUGUGGACCAGGGGACCGUGAGCAGAGAGCACACCCAGCCCGAUGCCGCUCUGCCCUGGCUCGACCUCGCCGGAGACGGCAGCCCUCCGUGUCCCGUCGGCAGCGCGGCAGUCAGAGAGGUUUUCGUCCUGGCGAAGCAGGGCAAGAGCCUGCGCUACCAGCUGUGGAGUUUGGACAGCAUAGCUCGGAGCAACGAGCAGCUGAGGACGAUGGACCCUCAGAGAGCCAGUGACGGGACCCAGUACGUGGUUCCUCAGGGAGGGGUGGAGGCCGGGCUGGCUGGACGGGCGGUGAUGCUCCACACAAGGACGGAGAAGCGGUAACAACGGUGACGCGGGACCCGGCUGUGUAGGGGCGAGGGCUUUAACGUGAUCUGCAACACUGGGGUAGCUCGAGUUCCUCUGGUUGUGUUCGGCCCUUUGCAGCCAGUGUUGUGGGCAAAUGAAUGCAGAUGGAGCGCAUUAUCAAAAAUAUUGGAUUUGCCCUUUUUGUUUACCCCCCCACUGCAUUUGUUUGUCAUGCAGGUUAACAAUGCAACAAAUACAUCACUGACUGAAUGGAAUAUAUUUAUAGUAAAAAUAAAGUGUGAAUUAAUGAUUUAA